AUGGGCGAGAUGGUCGUGGCCGGGUAUGGCAUGGACAAGGCUCUGCGGGCCAGCGUCAGCUUCGACACGCCAUGCGGCGCGCUGCUGCGCGAGCUUGAGCAAAUAUGGACAGAGAUUGGGGAGCGUGAACAAGAUAAAGAUCGCAUGUUCCUUGAACUGGAAACAGAGUGCAUGCGUGUGUACCGUCGAAGUGCUUGGGAUGGAUUUUGCAAAGACUGUAAAGAGGUCCACCCAAGUUUGCAUGGAGCCAACUCUGAAAAUUCAACAAAUAUUAGUGAUAGAACUCUUGAAGGUCUUACUCAGACUAUCCUGAAGCUCAAAGCAGAAAAGAAGACAAGAGUUUUAAAGUUGCAAGAGACUGUAGAAAAACUUCACAAGUUAUGGAAUCUGAUGGAGUCAACUGAACAAGAGAGGAUUAACUUCUCUGAAGUAGCUGCUGUUCUUGGAUCUACUGAGGAAGAGAUCAAUUCUCCAGGCAUUCUACUGAAGAGGAAGUCGAAAAGGCUAACUAUACAAAAAGCUAGUAGAAUGAAGGAGCUUGUUCUCAAGAAAAGGUUUAGUGGAUCCUGCGAACUCCUUUCCAGCAUUGAAGUACAAAUAACAAAAGCAAAUGAAGAGUCCUUAACGAGGAAAGAUAUCAUGGGAGAGUGGAUAAAUGGCUAUCAGCUUGUGAUGAAGAGACUUGGCUUGAGGAAUAUAACCAAGGAUGAUAAUAGGUACAGUGCUGGCAGGGGUGCCCACUUGAAUCUCAAGCGUGCAGAAAAGGCAAGGAUAACUGUCCAAAAGAUUCCAAGAAUAUUGAAUUUGCAUGUGAAGGUCCGUUUGGUUGCCAUUUUGGAAGAGCAGAAACUCAGAAGGGCACAAAGGGAGGAAGACAAGAGACGCUACCGGGACCAGAAGAAGCUGCAGAGUUUAUUGCUUAAGGAGAAGGAGUUGAUUUUUGGGUCCAAACCUAGUCCUAAAAAGACAAGCAGCUUCAAUAGGAGGACAAGCAACCACCAUCCAAAUUCAAAUGGCGCUGGAUUCAUGACUCCGGUGCCACGCCGAGUUUCAGCUGGCAGUGCCACCCCAGAGCUUCUAACCCCACGCUCAUAUUCUGGCCGGUACAACUACUACUUCAAGGAGAACAGGCGUCUGACAACCGCACCGCUAAACUUCUCAGUCGGUUCCAAGGAGGAUAGCAUGUCAUCCUUUGCAUCCAUUAGUGGCUCGGAACCUGAUUCGCCAUUGUUUUUGCACUAA